GGGGCUGCCGGUAAGUGAGGAGAGGGUGGUUACUGCCAAGGGAGGGAUGCCGAGGUGGCGCCGGAACCUUGGCCUGACGUCCCGGCGCCGAGCCAUGAGGGUCCAGCUCGGAACCGGACUCAAUGUUCUCUGAGCACUAGCACCACGAGGGACCCGGAGGCUGCGGCGGUGCCGCCCACCCUGUCUGUCAUCGUUUCCCACCACCUGGGCCCUGUAGGAUCGCCAGCAGUCCCCUACACAAACUGUAAAGUUCUUGGUGCCCAUUUCAUAGAGUCCUGUCUCAACUGCUGAACACACUUCUCACACGCCAGCUGCAGGCCUAGGUCCUAGAAGAUGGCAGACAUGCCCAGUGGCGAGUCCUGCACCUCUCCACUGGAGCUCUUCAACAGCAUAGCUGCUCAAGGGGAGCUCGUGAGGUCCCUCAAAGCUGGAAAUGCACCAAAAGAUGAGAUUGAGUCUGCAGUAAAGAUGUUGUUGUCAUUAAAAAUGAACUAUAAGACUGCCAUGGGGGAGGAAUACAAGGCUGGCUGCCCUCCUGGGAAUUCAACAGCUGGGAGUAAUGGUGACCCAGAUGCCACAAAAGCCAGCGAGGAUUUUGUGGAUCCAUGGACGGUGCGGACAAGCAGCGCAAAAGGCAUCGACUACGACAAACUCAUUGUUCAGUUUGGAAGCAGCAAAAUUGACAAGGAGCUGAUAAACCGAAUCGAGCGAGCCACGGGCCAAAGGCCACACCGCUUCCUGCGCCGGGGCAUCUUCUUCUCCCACCGAGAUAUGAAUCAAAUUCUGGAUGCCUAUGAAAAUAAGAAGCCAUUUUACCUGUACACAGGCAGGGGCCCCUCCUCCGAAGCAAUGCAUCUGGGUCAUCUCGUCCCAUUUAUUUUCACAAAGUGGCUGCAGGAUGUGUUCGAUGUGCCUCUGGUCAUCCAGAUGUCUGAUGAUGAGAAGUACCUGUGGAAGGACUUGACUCUGGAACAGGCAUACAGCUACACCGUGGAAAAUGCCAAGGACAUCAUUGCCUGUGGCUUUGACGUCAACAAAACGUUCAUCUUCUCUGAUCUUGAGUAUAUGGGGCAGAGCCCAGGCUUCUACAAGAACGUGGUGAAGAUUCAGAAGCAUGUCACCUUCAACCAAGUGAAAGGCAUCUUUGGCUUCACUGACAGUGACUGCAUUGGGAAGAUCAGUUUUCCUGCUGUUCAGGCUGCCCCAUCAUUCAGCAACUCUUUCCCGAAGAUCUUCCGAGACAGGACGGAUAUCCAGUGCCUCAUCCCAUGUGCCAUUGACCAGGACCCGUACUUCAGAAUGACAAGGGAUGUGGCCCCCAGAAUCGGCCAUCCUAAGCCUGCCCUGCUGCACUCGACCUUCUUCCCUGCUUUGCAGGGUGCUCAGACCAAGAUGAGCGCCAGUGACCCCAACUCCUCCAUCUUCCUCACCGACACGGCCAAGCAGAUCAAGAGCAAGGUCAACAAGCAUGCAUUUUCUGGAGGAAGGGACACCGUGGAGGAACACAGGCAGUUUGGGGGCAACUGUGAAGUAGACGUGUCCUUCAUGUAUCUGACCUUCUUCCUUGAAGAUGACGACAGUCUGGAGCAGAUCAGAAAGGAUUACACUAGCGGAGCCAUGCUCACUGGGGAGCUCAAGAAGACGCUCAUAGAUGUCCUUCAGCCCCUGAUUGCAGAGCACCAGGCCCGACGCAAGGCGGUCACCGAGGAAACAGUGAAGGAGUUCAUGGCACCCCGACAGCUGUCCUUUCACUUCCAGUAAUGCCUCUUUUCUGUGACAAACCUGUCCGUAAUCCCACCCUGUCAAAUCAAGUCACACUCCCUAUAGGCUUCCGUCACGUGGUAAUUCCUGGACCUGGGUCUCUAUGCACUUGUGCAGCAUUCUGGACGCUGUUUCUUCUGUGAUGUCUCCGUCUGUUUUCUGCUAAGGGUGAUCAGGUGAUGCUAAUGUCGUGUGGUCAGAUGGAAGCCCAGCCCAGAAUCUCUCCCACAAAGAGCCCAGAUGUGCUGCCUCCCUGGCCCACAUAGGACUGUCUGCCUAGCAGCCUAGGGCUCCAAAACAAACUCUAAAAUGUAUUCCAGUGUGUGUGUUCAGCUGGUCUUGGUGGUACACACUUUAUAGUCUCUGUACUCAGGAGGCUAAGACACAAGAUCUGAGCCACCCUGGGCUACUAGCAUGAUCCUGUAGUAAUCUGUUUAAUUCUGGUUCUGUGGAGUCAGAAUGUCAUUAUUGUAAAACUGAAAACUGUUGUGAAAAACUGACAAGGAGACAUGUGGUGGGAAAUGCCACUGCUCCAGCCACACCACACACACACACACACACACACCACACACACUCACACCACACACACAUACCACAUACACACACACACACACACACACACACACACACACACACGUGUAAUAUGGACAGGCUUUGCUUUAUACCUGACUAGGAAGUCAUCAGCUUUGUCCUGGAGGAGUAGCUCAGCAGUAGAGCACUCGCCUAACAUGCAUGACACCCUGGGUUCAGUCUCCUGCACCACAAAGCUGGGUGGAUAAUUCAGCUUUAUGCUUUAACACUGAUUAUGGAGCAGGCUGGGUCACUUCUACUAACCCAAAUCUUGUGGGAGAGACUUGAGGCUGAAGUAACUAAACUCCAGAUCACACGUGCUGUCCACUCCAGAAUCGUGCUUGUUACCCUUAGUGUCCUAACUUUCCCACAGAUGGCCCAGACUCCACCUUGUCAAGCCCAGUGGUGGCUUCUCCCAACCACCAGACUCUAAGGACGGUCUGUUACCUUUGCAGAUGCUUUUGCUUUGACACUUGACUGAAGUGGAGGGCAGGCCAGAAGUGUGCUGGCCAUGCCUCAGGCCGGUGGACCAUAGCUAGACAGACAGAAGAACAGCAGCUGUCCAGGCCCCAGUGCUCUCCCUCUGGGGUGGCUGCAUGUAUGAGCCGCCCUCAGAGUCUUGGAAAGCAGAGGCCAUAUCUCAGGGAAAGCCCUGGUUGAAGGGUCUGUCCUCUCUGAAGGCACAAGGGCCGCUCGCUCUGAGUGUUCUGACCUUGCACCAUUUUCAGGCAAGAAAUAAUAAACUGUUGUGCUCCCGUC